CUCAAAGGGAACAGAGAAGAAAGAGACUUCUCAUUCACCUCAUACCUUUUGCCAUCUUUCUCUCUAUCUCUUCCUCUAUCUCACUCUUUGCAACUGUUUUUCUCCUCUCACCAAGAACAAAAAUUUAUUAAGCUAAGAAAGAAGAAUUUUUUUUUUUUAGAAUAAAUAAGAUUAUACCCCCUUUUCCUCCCCAAAUAUCUAUCAAGAUUAUAUUCUCAGACUGAUUCACAGUUCUCUCUUGUCUGUCAUGGAGCUUUUCCCUUCACAACCUGACUUGAACUUGAAUAUCAGCAGAAGAAGAGAAGAACAAGAUGAUAAAGAACAAGAACAAGUCGAAAGGAGAUUAGUGUACCAGAGUCAAGCCUCAGAUUCAGUCAGAAACGCUUCUGGCCAUCUCAUCGACACUGUCAAAUUCACUUCAAACUAUGAACCCACCAAGUUUUAUCAUUAUCAAGAACACAACGAAUCUCAAGAUCAAGAUUCGAGGUCGAUUUUGAUGGUGAGCCAAAAUCAAACCCUUGGCCACUACUACUACUCUCCGACUCCUCCUUUCUUCUUCAGUGAAGUCAACGGUCAACACGCAAACCCUAAUUAUAGUUAUAAGCUUCACCACGGUCAUCGCCGUCAAGCUCAGCCGCAGCCACAGAGAUGCACGGCGAAACGAGGAGUAAGGGCUCCGAGGAUGCGGUGGACGACGACCCUUCAUGCCCAUUUCGUUCGUGCUGUUCAAUUAUUGGGUGGUCAUGAAAGAGCAACUCCAAAAUCAGUACUUGAACUGAUGGAUGUGCAAGACCUCACAUUGGCUCAUGUUAAGUCUCAUCUACAGAUGUACCGGACCAUUAAAUCUACUGAGAAGCCUACAACAUCACCAGGGCAGUCGGAUACUUGUGAGAAUGGAUCACAAGUAAAGAGUGAGAGACAAGCCAGAGAUCUCCAAGGUCUAUGGAAUAACUCCUCAAGUGAAGCUCGGCUCCAUUUAAAGGCAAAUGCAUCAGGUCUAGACGUUUCAUCCAAUAAGAAAGUGGAUCAAAGAUGUGAAAGCUAUGAACUAUUGUCGUCGGAUUCGUCAAGCCUCACAUGGACAAGACCAGAGACUGAAACUCCCAAUCUCGAUUUCACUUUAGCUACACCAAACCUUCCUCCCUGAUUCACUUUAUUUAUACGAUAAAACAAAAGAAAUGUUAGUCUGGUACAAAUAUAUAUAAAUCUCAAACUCUCAAAGUGUUUUGCUAAAAAUUUGGUGCAACUUUUAAAGUUAUGCUUGAGUUAUCAAAAAAUAUGAAAUAAAGUUUAUUUUUCGAGUAAAUAUAUUUGUUCUUUGAGUGUAGCUACUCCUCUGAGGUGUGGUCUCUUCUUAUGGGUGGACUAUUACAAACUUCUUUUACUUCGAAAUGGUCUGAGCUAUUAGUUUUAAUCAUGGAUAACAGCCGUGAUUUUCUCACAAA